AUGGAGGCUCAAGGGUUAGGCGUGAAGGAUGAGGGGAUAACUACUGUUUGGCUGCUGUCUAUGAUUGGGAACGUGCAUUCGAUAAAGGAUGGGAGGGCAAAACCUAAAAUGGAUGGUUUGGAAAAGAAGAGUGGCGCCAUCACAAAGAGAGAUAUUCUUCGUGUGUGUAUCCCUCGGACUUGCAAAGCGAUUCAGACUAAUGACAAUGGGCUUUCCCUGAGGAACGUUUCGUCGCUACUGUAUGGGAUUGCACUGUGCUACGGUAAGAAGACGGAGUAUGUGCUCAACGAUUUGACAGUACUUCUUACACAGUUGCAGAGAUCGAAGUUUGCCGCAGCAGCGUUACCCAAGAUUGCUAUCGCGAAACACAGUAUGCAGGGGAAACAAAACUUGGAGGGGCAAGUCAUCAACCUUAACAGUAAGAAAAUAUUUCUACAAGAUGAUCCCAAUUUUGACGUUGCGUUUGUAAACAAUUUCCAAGAGAAUGCUACUACUGCUGGUGGUGAUGGGACCAAGGGCCUAUCUAUCAGAGAGCGUGACUAUAUGGCAGAGGUUACAAAUACAGAGAAUACUACACGUGGGUUCCAUCAGGGAUUUAACUUGAACAGACCACACACUUUAGAUGAUAUCCCCAUUGAUAUGGAUUUUAAUCUUGAUAUUGGAGAUGUGGUUAGCCAACAUGGCACCAAGAUUAUUGCUACCCCAGAAUCCCGGAAUGCCGGGUCUGAUUUGUUAGAUUUGCAUUAUGGGAGUAGGAGACUCUCGAUAGAUUUGGCCAACGUCGAUGCAGAGGACAGGUUAAAUUUUUCGCACGAAAGAGAUCAUGUACUUGAUUUUGAUUUGGAAGCGGUGGACCAAGAUGUCGAUCAGGAACAUGAGCACAACGAGUCACAAGACCAACAACAAAAGGCGAACACUGAGGCGGGACCAAGAGGAUCAAUAAGCAGGGGGAACAACAACGGAUCAUUCCCAGUUAUCAAAGUGAGAAAUGAUGACAGGAUCAGUCUCUCUACGGAGACACUGCGUAAUAAUCAUGAGAAUUAUUUGGAAAGAAUGGAACUCAGGAAGAGAAAAUCUACUGGAUUGACAAGCGAGGAUCGCACUUGGAGGAAAAUGCUAAAACUGGACAACUCCCAUCCUCUAUUGCACAAGUGUUGGAAUUUCAUCUUUUCAGAACAGCUAUACCCGUUUCAACAACAAUACAGAGAAGGAUUGAGCAACUCCAUAGAGGGGGGGAGACGGCACGUCCCCUCUGAUAGUAUAACAACGAACAGUCUGCGCAGCUGGGAACAAGGUAGGAAAUUGGAGAAAUUGAACAGCAGAAACGAUAUUUUCUUCGGCAUGGAUGGGACGACCCACCACUCGGACAGUGACGGGAACCAGGACGACCUUCUUUUGAACUUGGAACAAAUCGAUGAAGAUUUAGAAGUCGGUGUCAAUCAUCGGCCCGAUGAGGGGAGUGAGGGUAUUGAGGACCUCAUGGCGUUAAAUCUAAACCUCCCACCUUCUAGUUACGGUGGCCAUUUAACUAGAAAUGGAACUACAAGUAGUAAUACAAGCAACGAUGACACUGGGACCAUUGAUAUCCUCAAUUGGACAGCGAAUGGCCCCAAAUUCGGAAACACCGGAACGUCCCAGAAGGAUGACGGGCAACGGAGCUCGUCAAAACUGGACUCUUCUAAAAGUAGGCCGAAUACAAUGAACCAAGCUACAAGACGCUUUUAUGAGUACAUAAGUGAAAAGGCCGUGGACAUUGAUAAAGAUGGAACACAACCAUCCACCCAGUUUAGGAAAAAGCUGUUUUUUGAAGACGCCAUCCCAAAAACAGUCAUCGAUGCAGAGAUGGCCGAACCUGUUGCGGUAUCCAAACGGAUUGCAGCUGCAGCAUUCAUGUCUCUGCUAAACUUGGCCAGUAACGACUUUGUCGAGUUAGAAACAGUUCAGACCGACCUUGAUGUCGUACAAGGAAGUGACCUACUUAUUUACAUGUGA